CCCGUUCAGCUCCUUCCCUGAGGUCUGACGAAAGGAGGCUGGCGGGCUGCGAUAAGGCUCUAAGAGCAGGGGCCGCCUUCAGACGAGCGGGACACAACCCCGGGGCCUCCCAGCAGCUGCUGCAAGAGAAGAUCGGUGCAAAACAAACCGAAGGUGCGCCGGGUGAUGGAGAUGAGGCCCCUGGCCCUCGCCGUGACUUACCUGUGGGUGCAGACCUGGCUGAGCACCCCCCAGGUGUGGUGCCAGGUGCCCAGGCAGCUGGGGAUGGCACCCGACUCCUUCGAUGACCAGUACAUCGGGUGCACGGAGGAAAUGGAGGCGUCCGUGGCUCCGCGGCUGCUGCAGGAGGAAAGAGCCAGACAUCCGCUGCUGGACGGGAUGUGGACGAACCUGUCGGCUGUCUGGGCCGAGAAGAAAAAAGGGCUGCAUCUGCCUGCGGGGUUUCGGGACGUGCACGGCAUUGCCCUCCUGGUCUACACGGACUCCGUCCAGCCGCUUUACCGGGAUCUGAAUACAGCGGUGCGAGAGGCGGGGGUGUCCCGAGACACCUACCUGCGCACCUUCCCCUUCAAGGCCCUGCACUAUUACCUGAGCAGAGCCUUGCAGCUGCUGCGGGAGGACUGCGGGCGCAUGUACCGCAACCAGCUCUACCGCGGAGGUGGCUCCCGGCGCGUCGAGGUCCAGGGGAAAGGCCCGGUCCGGUUCGGACAGUUCACCUCCUCGUCCCUGGAGGCCUCCAUCUCGCAGGGCUACAAGAGCGCCACGUUCUUCAUGCUGCGCUCCUGCUUCGGGGCCCACAUCGAGAACUUCUCCUUCUUGGGCUUCGAGAAGGAGGUGCUGAUCCCCCCCGGCGAGGUGUUCGCCGUGUCCAACGUCACCCGGCAGGGAAACAGCAGUGUCAUUGUGCUGCACAGCACCAACCGCACCUGCAGCCACUUCAACUGCGCCUACCUGGGCGGAGAGAAGAACCACGUCUGUGUGGAGAACUCUGGAGGCAGCAUCAGGGUCGCCAGCAAGCAGAGCCCCGGGCUGUUCGGAGGACUCCUUUUGGCAAUCCAUGCUCCUGCUCUGAUGCUCUUUCUGCACUUCUAGCUUUGGUUUUCCCCAAUGCCUUCCCCCAAAUCCUGCCAGAAGCAACUGCCAGACCCGGGUCCUCUCUGCUACUCACUCUCCCUGCACGUUUGGUUGUGUAGGUGUCCAUAAGGAAACUGUGACAUUUAAUUGCUUUUUAAGGGGCAAGACUAUAUAUUUUGAAUCGUUUCACCAUGCUGAAUUGCAGAUUUAGCUCUGGAUGCAUGGGUGGGGUGGUGAGGGGAUGGGGAGCGGGGUUUAGAGCUAUUGUUCCUCUCGGGCACUUUAAAUUCAGGUUGCUGCAGUACAUCUGCGAAGACCACGGGAGCCAUCUGGUUUCAAUGCGAUGGUGUUGCAACCUGGUGGACGUUUCAGCCUCCAGAUCGUGGGAUGAAACCUUAAUCUACACAAACGCAUAGUGCAAGGAGGGACCCCUGCCUUUGUGUUUUAAGUCUCUUCCAGAAGGGAUUUGCAGGUGAAUGUUGGCUGGAGGGAAGUGAUUCCACGUGUGACUUGAAGGGCUGAUGUUUCAAGACUGGAUUUGGGGCUGCUUUGAUCAGGGACACGGCUUAGAUAAAGGCACGGCCGUGGCUCUUG